AAAAAAAUCCAUGAGCGUUGUUUGCUAAUACCAGAGAAUACGUUUUUGUGGGAAUAUAAAUUUGGCAUUUUAAAUUUGCACCGCAGGGACUUGACCAUUUCCUUCAUUUGGCACUUAUUUGAGAAUACAUUUGACGAAAAAAAAAAAAAAGGUGCGGCUACCCUGACAGUCAGUAUGUUUGCUUGUAGACUUUUUGUUUUGAACCAUCGCCCUGUUGUGACCGGACUUUGGCUAUGGAAAGAAUGCUGGCUUCGUUAGUUCACUACAGUAUAGGCCUACAACGUGACCGUGGCUCAUGUGUAAACAGAAACACGCCCACGUCCUUAUUUGGCAGCGAAAUUCUCAUGUAUAUGAAAGUUCUCCAAAGACUACUCGAAUGUCUUGUGUUAUUGACACACGUCUCGAGUCACCAGGUUCAGGGUACCAGUGUCGAUCCUGGACCUGUCUUUUCAUCAAUUCCGUAUUUCAUAAGGGAAGAGUGAGAAAAAUCCUCGUGCUAGUAACGUGAGAGACUUACGCAAAUUUGACAAACCCUACUGUACAGUCACGAGUCACGUGUUCGUGGUACUUGUACGUGCAGCGGAGUUGUUGUUGCCUUGGAACUGUAAUUUCGUCACACUUGGUCUUAUUAUUUCAGAUUCGAUGUGGGUAAAUAUCCCUGCUAGCGGUGUUGCGGACACAAGAUAACCCGCGCAGAAUGUCUUACUUCCCAAUGUCUCUGCGUGGAUGCCACUCAUGGGAACACUGGGAAUGGGACGCCAGCAGCAAGUCUCCAGCUGCCCAGCUGUCACCAUGCCGACAGGCAGUCUACUUCCACACCAACAUGCUUCUGGAGAGCGAGGGCACUGCGGGGGUCCGGGGUACCAAAGGUUUCACCCACGGAGAGCACUACUGGGAAAUUGAGUUUUCAGAGCCUCCCUAUGGAACCUCAGUGAUGGUGGGUUUAGGGACAAAGAAGGCGUUACUGCACACUGGGGGCUACCAGUUCAUCAACCUGCUCGGGAUGGACGAGGAGAGCUGGGGCCUGUCGUACAAGGGCGUCCUCUGGCACGGCGGGCGGAGCAGGAAGUACACCGAGCCCUUCUACGACAAGAUGACCGUCAUCGGCGUGCUCCUCAACCUGGACGCAGGCACGCUGGGGUUCUAUCGAGACGGCCUCAGCCUGGGACCAGCUUUCUCUGGACUGCAUGAGGUGGGAGCUCCUCUGUUUCCAUUGGUCAGCUCCACGGCCCCGGAGACCGAGGUUCAGCUGGGAGUGCGCACCACCCGCCUGGUCUCGCUGCAGGAGCGGUGCCUUAACGCCAUCGCUCAGAGCCUGGGGUCCCGCACCCCCCUGGGGUCCCGCGGCCCCCAGGACUCCCUCCCCCUGCCCCCCAGCCUGCGGGACCGGCUCGAGACUCGUCUGCUGCCCCCCCUCCUGUGAGGCGCUGAGAAGGUGUCUCCGUCCCCUCUGGUGUCACGUGACCCUCGGAGACACGCGUGCGGGUGGCUAUUGGUCAGAUUGGGCUGCUGGCAUUAACGGUCUGUGUGGACGUUUAGGGCCAUAGCCACGGAUGGGCCACGCUAUUCAGGUUUUAAACGUUUUUUUUUAUUUUUUUUUGGAAAGACAUUUCAUUUCUGCAGUAUUCAGAGGUCUUGAAGAGCUAUUGCUCUGGUGCUACUUCUCCAGUCCGCGAUUGUAGACUAACGCCCCCCCCCCCCCCCCUUGGUCCGCGAUUGCUUCUGUUAUCCCUCCACUCCUCCCUGUGAUCGGUUGCCCUCGGUGACUUCUUCUUUACCGCCACCAAAAUGAUUGUUGAGAACGAGAUCCAAAAUCGCACCUUUACCUGUCUGGGGACCAUUUACGGCAGAGAUCGAUACCACCAAAAAAAUAUAUGAUCAUGGAAUCGAGUCCAAAGAAGAGCACAACUGCUUAUGCACCCUUGGCUGAGAUAGAGUAGAAGGAUUAUUGAUCAUUGUCACAACAUGUAUUCUAUUGUCUUUGAAUAUAUUUUACAUCCUGUCAGUGUGUCACUAUUCAACCUCUUUUAUAGUUGUACAUACCUGGGGACAUGUGGGUCCAAUCUUAGGGAAGGAUCUCUGCCAUGACCUUUCUCUUUUAUUUGAAGCGUUGCAGAGUAAACUUCUACCAGACAACCAACACAACCUCUACAAAGUCCUUUACAAAGGCGUUUUUAAUGUGAUUCCGUAUAGUAUAUUUUUACUGUAAAACUCAUGCUGUUGUUAAUUCAUUUUUUUUAAUGGAUUAAAGGGAAGAUAUUAGUCUAAACUAAUUCUUCAUGCAUAUUAUCCACAUGCAAAUUUUAUUUAUAUAUGCAGUGUUGUCUGUAAGUGUUUGGGCAGUGACACAAUGUUGUCGUUUUGGCUCUGUACUCCGGCACAGUGAAUGAAACAAUGAAUAUGAGGUCAAAGUGCAGACUGUCAGCUCUAAUUUGUGGGUAUUUACAUCCUUAUUGGGUAUAUCCUUAUUACAGCCUUUUUUAUGCAUAGUCCCUCCAUUUUAGGGGACUAUAAGUAAUUGGACAAAUUAACAUAAUUCUAAAUAGUUGUUGUAUUUAUUAGUACUUGCAUUUGAUGACUGCUUGGAAGUCAUCAUAGAUAUCACCAGAUGCUGGGUAUCUUCCCUGGUGAUGUUCUGCCAGGCCUAUGCUGUAGCCAUCUUUAGUUCCUGUUUCUUUCUGGGGAUUUUUGCCUCCUGUCUCAUAUUCAGCAAUUGAAUCAGACAAAAUGGUGGAAAAACUGUGAGCCAUAGAGCCUUAUUUAUGAAAUGAUUGUUGAUUGAAGUUUGUGCUUCAGAGAAUAUAAGAAUAAAACUUGAGUAAAGCAUGGA